CUUUAGUCGCCUCCACCGCGGGUGAUUCGCUUUGUCAAUUCGACCUAUCCACGUCUCCUGGGCUGCUCUUAGCCUCUUUCAGGCUUGCCUGAGAUUAGGUCUGUCCCCGGCCGAGUCGCUAUUCCGAAGAGCGAAAGAGGACGCUCUGUUUCUCCCCUGUGGCGGCCCAUAGAUCGACCGAUGAUCAACAAAUGCCCGAGUGGGUAUCCCAGAGAUGAGUCCGAAUGUAGGAAAAUUUGAAGCCUUGACCCCCUCCCACCACCAUAAGACUUCCUCGCAAGUCGUUCACACAUGUCGGAUACCUGGCCAUCGGUGAGGUGAGAUACUUGACGCGAGAUGUCACCAGAAGCCCUGGCGAAGCUCCUUGCUGAGCCAGCUCUGGCAGCGCCGUCCGGGGUGACUCCAAACUUUGACAACCCCCCAAAUAGCAAUACUCUAGCAUGGGUGGUGACGACCUUCUGUACCGUGGUCGCCACGAUUUGUUUUCUUUUACGAUUGUUUGCUCGGAUCUGGCUGGACAAAAAGCUGCGCGUCGAAGAGAUUUUGAUGAUUGGCGCAUAUGGCGCCUACUGGGGCACGGCUUACGCAGGUUACGCGUUGAUCUAUUCCCCUGGAUAUUACGUUCAUACCUGGGAUCUGUACAACAAGGAUCUGAUCAGACCCCUUUAUCUCAUUCUCAUCUACGGAUGCUGCUACUCGGCCGUCCUGCCUCUGAUCAAGACGGCGAUCCUGCUCGAUUGGUGCCGCAUCUUUGUUCCUAUGGACCGGACCAGAAAUGCCUUUUGGUGGGGAUGCGCAGCGGUGAUAUCGUUGCAGUGUCUGUGGGGGGUGCUUUGCAUCUUAUUGUUGAACAUGCAAUGCCGACCGCACGAAGCCAUCUGGAAGUUCUAUCUUCCCAGCAAAUGCUACUCUUUGCCCGAUGUGAUGCUCACCUCUGCCAGCGUACAGGUGGUAUCGGAUAUAACCAUGUUCUUCCUUCCGCAGCGAACCAUUUGGCGUCUCCAGAUGAAUUGGCAGAGGAAGAUCGGGAUUUCCAUCAUCUUCGGCGUGGGGAUUCUUGCCUCUGUCGCCGCUUGCUUCCGUCUCGCCCACACCGUCGCCUUCGCCAACACCACCGAUACCAUGUAUCUGAUCGGACCACUCCUAUUCUGGGCAUGCGGAGAAAUGACCUGUGGAUUUUUCAUCUUCAGUGUGCCCUGCCUGUCGAAACUCAUCAUCGAAUCGGGAUUGGCGCGUCGCGUGAAAAGCUCCCUUGGCUUGAGCCCUAAACCCAGCGAGCCUUCCUACGAAGACUCUGAGCAACCGCACCGCUUGGGAUACCACCCUAUGAAGCCCUGGAUGAAUACCGAUAUCACCUGGUCGACGAUCGACGAGGGGGAUGUUGCCCUGAGGGGCUCGGGCAAGUCGGAAUCUCAGACUAAUCUCCAUGGCCAUGAUGCAGAUAAUGCCGUGCAUAUUUCACAGACGGUAGAAGUCAGUGUUUCGCCUCGGGGUUCUCACUCGAGUGAACAAGACCUUGCUACAAGACGUCUAUGAUGAUUUUUAUACCCAACAUGGCUCCCCCUUUGAGAUAAAUAAGAUUUUUUUGUCGUUUAAGUAACUUACAUAGAAUAAGUGG